GAUGGCACUGCACUCAAAAGGGAGGAGUUGGCGAGAAAAAAACGGACUUUAAUGAUAGUCCUUUCAGAAUGACACGUAUGAAAGUUUUGAAAAAGCCAACUCAUAGCCAUUAGUCGAAUUUACUUUUUCCGAAAGGGCUAAGUAGCCUAUAAUUACAGCUAACUGUAAGAGAAAAAUAUAUAAGAAAGCAACUGGUGCGUCCAUUAAAGGGGCAGCAUCGCGAGCAGGAAAAAAAUAAACAGACGGAUCAUUGUGGCUUUCCUAAACAUUUACGUCUCUGAAGAAUCGGAUGGCACAUAGUCUAUACCGUCUACUCAAGAAGAGGAGGAAAAAAGAUGGGCAAAGGGAUUUGUUCGAGACGACAGAGAAGAAUAUUUCAGUCUUUCCUCCUUGUCAUCUUCGUCUGCGGGACGUUGUGCGCCUUCAUGAUCUCAUAUGAGAUGCAUAAAGAGCUGAAAAAGACUGAGGCGACCGCUUUGAAGUACCAGCAGCAUCAAGAGUCCCUUUCUGCGCAGCUGCAAGUUGUAUACGAGCACCAUUCUAAACUAGAGAAAUCCCUCCAGAAGGAAAGACUGGAGCACAAGAAGGCUGAAGAGGAUUUCCUCGUGUUUAAGCGGGAGUCACAGAAGGCCCUCAACAAAGAGAAGCAAGAUUCAACCUAUCGACUGAACUCUCUGCAGACAGAGCACCAAAUACUGCAGUCCCAACAUGAAGAUUUAAAGAUGCAGUACUAUGAACUUCAGGAGAAGCAUCAGAAUCAAGGGCAGGAUCAUGAGCGUGUUCUGGAUGAACACAGGCUGAAAAUAGACAACCUGCAGAGGGAGAAGGAGGUUGAAAUAUCCAGACUUAAAGAGAACGUGUACAACCUUCGAGAGGAGAACAGACAGCUGCGGAAAGCUCAUCAGGAUAUCUACACGCAGUUACUUGACGUGCAGGAACAGCACAAGAAUCUUCAAGCUUCAAAAGAUCAUCUUAAACUGGUAUUAGAAGACCAUAAAAAUGCAGUUGUUGCAGCCCAGGUGGAAGGAUAUGAGGGAAAUGGAAAAGGCUUUUCCCCUCGAGGUGUGUUGGAGAUUGAAAAUAACAAUGUGACCAAAGUGGCAAUGAAGCAGCCUCGGCAAAUUGAUAUUUUUGCUGAGGGAAACGGCAAGAAAGAGGAGAGAAGCACAUCAAAGGAUAGAGGAGGAGAGGAUAAGGGGGAAAAGGCAGAGCUGGAACAUUCCUUAUCAAACCCAGAAGAGCUGGGCAUUAACCCUCGCAACACGCUAAGCCAAAGCCUGGAGAAACAGACACAGACAGAGCCACUUCACACAACCAAAGCGCACUUUGAGGCUUUGGAUCCAGUUCUUGCUGGCAAUGCAGUUUUGGCAGGAAAAGAAAAUGCAAAACAUGUGGAAGAUGCUCCAAAACAGGGCAUAGGGAAAAACUUGAACACAGAGAUUGAGGCCAACAACCAGAACGAAGAAGAGGAUGAAGAAGAAACUGAGUACAAGACUAAUGCGGACAAGAUCAGGCCUGAAGAGGAUGAACAGCUUGUGGUGGCAGGAAAUCCAGAGCCGGAUGAGCAAUAUGAGGACGAUGUGGAGGAAGAGACUCUUGAUGAAUCAGUUCAUGACAGACAGAAGAGAGCGGAGGAAGACGAGAAUGAAGAAGAUCUCUACACUGAACGUGAUAGAGUACAGGAUCAUGCAAACCCAGAAUCAGAAACUGAUGCCAAUGAGGAGUAAAAGAAAUCGAAAGAUUGGGAUGUCCUGUCUUCUGAGUGACUUUACACUUCUUUUCUUGAUUGGCAGAAACUUAAAGUACAACUGCAACAACUCUGAAGAACUGACUACUUGUGCUUACGCAAGACUUCUGCAAGGAUUUGUUCAGCAUUUAUUUUUAAUCAAGGCUUUGUGUCUUCUUGAUCUUACUAAGGCGAUAGGAACUGGCAUCCUGCUGAUAUGCAUUCAAUAUGUCGAUGAAUAUUUGAAUGAUUUCUUUUGGGCAGGAAAGUAAUUAUUAUUUAUUUUUGUUUUAAAUAUUCCUUCAGUUCUCUACUUUUAAGUUUCAAGUAAAAUAUAUUUUAAAAUAAUCUUCAGUUAUCUUUUCACUUUAUGAAAAGUAGUAAUGCAUAAAUGGAACAACAAAGAAGAGGAACAAAUGAGACUGUAUUACUAAGCUUUUCUGUUGUUUUUAUACUUGUUACUUUUGGUACUUUUACUGUGGUGUGUUACUUUAAUGUGAAAACUUGCACAUUGGGACUAAACUUUCAAGAAAUUCAAUUAUUUUUGGAACUGUAGUUUUCAUGUACACUGAAUUACAUUCAAACAUUUGCUUUUGACAUAUUCACAUGAAUCUAAACAAAUAUUUUGUAUUCAUUUUUUUUUAACUAUUAUUGGAAAGAAUAUCAUCAAAACGGUGCUUUAGUUAACCACCUUUCUUCCCAACUCUUCGCGUUAUCAUUUAACUUAUAUGAAUGUGUUCUGUAUUUGUUCAUGCAAAUGAGAUGCUUUGUUUAAUGUUUUUCUA